AAUGUGUUAAAACUGGAUACCUUGUGUUGGAAUCUGAUAAUUAAAUCUGAAACUAUUGUCCUCUACAUUAUGAAGUGGGCCAAAAUAACCCGAAGCAGCCUCGGCUAAUGAGUAAAAGGAUUACCAAUAGAGAAAAACUGCACUACUGCAGGAAUUGAUUUACUCGCUCGCCAACAGUCCUGGGAGAUGGUGGGCAUUAGCGAUAUAAGUAAUAUCUUUACUUACCCGGAAAAAUGGAUACUGAGGUAGAAUUUACUUCUGAAAAAUGAUGAGCUUGAAUUUCCCUAUGUGGACAUUUGUGGUGGAAAAGAUAAUUGUGAAAUUUUGUGUGCUUUUAUUGCGAGUUCGUGCUGAGAAUCAGGCAUUAUCGGCUUAUAUUCCAGGGGACAUAAUUAUUGGUGGACUGUUUCCUAUACACCAGAAGAGUUCCGGAGAUCCGAGAGCAUGUGGGGAAAUUAAUCUUGACCGAGGAGUUCAGAGAUCAGAGGCAAUGUUGCACACAAUUGAUAGUAUAAACGAAAAUCCUGGAAUACUCCCGAAUAUUAAAUUAGGCGCCAAAAUCUACGACACAUGCGCACGGGGAACAUUUGCUUUAGAACGAUCUUUAGAGUUUAUUCGUGGAUCCUUUACUUCUAUAGAUUCGUCCAACUUUUCCUGUGAUGAUGGCUCUAAAGCGAGGGCAAAUGUGACGUAUGAAAAUAUAGCUGGAGUUAUAGGUGGAUCGUACAGUAGCGUUUCGAUUCAAGUAGCAAAUCUUCUGAGACUCUUUAAGCUUCCACAAAUUAGCUAUGCCUCUACAAGCGCAGAUUUGAGUGAUAAAGCUAGGUAUGACUAUUUUUCACGAACAGUUCCACCCGAUAAUUUUCAAGCUCAAGCUAUUAUGGAUAUUGUAAAGUAUUUCAAGUGGACUUACGUGUCCACAGUUGCAUCAGAAGGAGGCUAUGGUCAGUCUGGUAUUGACGAAUUCAAAGAAAAGGCAAGGGCACGAAAUGUUUGCAUUGCGGAAUCUAUAAAAAUAAUGUCCAAUUCAAAUUCAUCAACGUUUGAUGACGCUAUUAUGAAAUUAAAAGCAAAAGAGAACGCUAGAAUCGUGGUGCUGUUUUUGCGAAUCGAGGACGUAACGAACUUACUGAACGCUGCGACACGAAAAGGAGUAGCCUCGAGGUUUAUUUGGAUAGCUAGUGACGCAUGGGGUACACAAGAAAAACCUGUCCUGCAAAAUGCCGAGGUUGCCGAAGGGGCAUUGACGAUUGAGUUGCAAUCUACAUUAAUUCCUUCUUUUGAUAAAUAUUUCAUGUCUUUAACCCCUGCGAACAACAAAAGAAAUCCUUGGUUUCCAGAAUUCUGGGAAACUGUUCAUAAUUGCUCUUUUUCAGACGAAAAUAAGGAGCAGUUUGAUAGACCAAAGUGCAAUGGAAGCGAAAGACUGUCUUCUGCAACAUUUAAACAAGAAACAAAAGUGCAAUUUAUUCAUGACGCGGUGUAUGCUAUUGCUUUAGCCAUUGACGCAAUGCUGAAGGCGACCUGUAAAACGGAAGACUUAUGUGAUGAAAUGCGUCAAAUUAAUGGGAAGGUUUUGAGAGAUUAUAUUCUCAAUACAGCUUUUGACGACGGUUAUGGUGCUGUUGUGAAAUUUGAUGAAAAGGGUGAUGCAAGGGGAAGAUACGACAUCAUGAAUUUUCAAUGGAAUGAAAUAUCACAGUCCUACCAGUAUUCCACCGUGGGAAGUUGGGCGGAUGGAUUGUCGCUAGAAACGGGCAAAAUCAUCUGGGCGGGACGAACUAAGGAGGCACCGUCAUCGAGAUGCACUUGUUUCGGUAAUAACUUAUUAACCCAUAGUAUAAUAAUAACACAAUGUAUCCAACUCCGAAUUACAUAGAGCCCCCCUCCCCUGAAUCACGCUCAUUUACACUUUCAAAGGAAA